UAAUGAUGUCUUUCAUUAAAAGACAAGGGUCUCAUUAAUGAUAUUUGUAUAAAACAGUCAGUAACAUUCUACCCAGCAUCAUACGGUGAUCUGCAAGCAAAUCAGCCAAGAUGAAAUUCUUAAUCGUCGCCAUUUGCGCUACCCUCGCGUUCGCCGAGCCCGAGCCCGGAGUCAGGUGGUCCGAGGAUGGCGAAUACAAGCUGGUCGAAGAGGAGCCUUUAGGAGUCAAAAUAAUCGAGAAAGAACCCAUGGAAGUCAGCCUGGUAGAGAAGGAUGAGGUCCGCUUGAUAGAGAAGGAGCCGAUCGAGAUCAAGUACAUUGAAAAGGAGCCUCUAGAAGUGAAAAUCAUUGAGAAGGAGCCUUUGAAGAUCAAAUACAUUGAGAGGGAGCCACUAAAACUGAAAAUGUACGAGGAGCCUGUAGAGGUUAAAUACAUCGAGAGGGAGCCGUUGAAACUGAAAAUGUACGAGGAGCCUGUAGAAAUCAAGUACAUUGAGAAGGAGCCAUUGAAACUGAAGAUGUACGAGGAGCCUGUAGAGGUCAAAUACAUCGAGAAGGAGCCAUUGAAGUUGAAGCUGGUUGAGGAACCCACGAUGGUGAAGUACGUCGAGAGAGACCCACUCAGGCUGGGAUACGUCCCGCUUUCGUACGGGUACCCGAUGGCUUACGCCAGAAUGGAGAUGUCCAAGCCCUUCACCUACAGAUACGAGCAGAUUACGCAUUAAUUUUUUUUGACUAAUGCUAGUUGAUAAAUAAAUUCGUGACUCUUA